AUGGCUUUCUCCUUGUACCAGCAAAACAUCCCGCCUCCAAAGGGAGGCCGUGCACUUCUCAAAAUCGCUUUUGUUGUCCUUACUGCGCCCUCCAAUUAUUACUCCGCAAUUACGGUUAAAGUGAGCGGGGAAAUUGCGGACGGUAUUUCUGAAGCCACUUGGGACGUGGAAGUGCUCCCGCUAAUGAAUUCCCGCAUGCUUCCCCCAGACGCGGAGAGCAGAGAUCCUUCACAAGUCGACUCACCUGCUGGGUGCAGACAGGAUUUCGUUCACCCUUCUCUCGACUGGGUUCCCCAGCUCGGAUGGCAGGAGAAAACUUCUCACGCAGAAUCUCUCGGUCUUUUGGUCAACUUAAGUUGCGACCUCGGUGACAUUAUUGAGUGCGGCAGAACCGAGGACAUUUGUGCACAGGGGAAUGGGCUAUUAAUUCGCCCAAAGGUUACAGUGGAAUCCCGCCGGAGUGCAACUCCCGUAACAAAUGCUACAGCCAGUGCUCGAUUCCACGCCGAAGCCAGGUUGAGCGCCGUUGGUCGCCGUUGA